AGUAAACCAUUAUCGGUUCCAGUCAAUAUUGUAUGGAAAUGAAAUUAGUUAUAUUUAAAAUAUGGACAUGAAAAUACAAUUAAUGGCAACGUAACUGUCCGUUUUAUUGAGAUUUUUAUUUUUAAUGUGUUACUAUUGAAAUCUGAUCGUUAGCAGCUCCUGGAGAGAACAGACCUUGUUGACAAAAUGGAUUCUUAUACAUAUUCGUUUUCUACGCCGUCUUGGACUAACAAUGCACGCGCAUUUUUGUCACAAUUUUCCGAUAUGUUUAGUGCUUUUUCUAAACACAUAGCACCGACAUAUCACCAUGAUCGAUGUGAAAGGUCAGUCCAGAUGAGAUUGUAUGCAUUGAACAAAAGACAAUUUGUACUUGUUUUUGUGACUUUCUUCAUUUGUUUUGGUAUUACUUUAUUGAUUGGCAUUGCAGGACCACCAAAUAUUGAAACAGUCUCGAAGAAUGGGUCAUCAUUUGGGCCACAUAAACCUAAAGAUUUAAAGACAGGACCAUUCAUACUGAAGUCUGAUCCACUGACGACAUAUCACCAACAACUCUGGCUUAUAGCAAGAAUAACUACAGACUCAGAAACACACUCAAGGUUUGAAGAAAAGUUUACAGUGAGUGUACAGAUCCGUGGUAUGAAAGCUGACGACGAGGGGGUCAUACAGGCAGAUAAUCCCCAACUAAGUUCACAAAUACAUAACAGAACAAGAAUUCUCAAGUGUUCAAAGCAAUGUGAUGACUUGAUCUUAUUACAUCUUGGAUACUUAGAUUACAACUACUAUAGAAUUAAAAUCAAUUUCUAUGGACUAGAGAACACAAAGUUUGAUUUUAAAGACAUAGUAUUUUAUUUUAAGACUUAUAACUCUUCAUUCACACAGAUUGAAAUCUGGAUCAGAUUUGUGUUUUUAUUCAUGACGUUUGUAGCAACAUGUGUAUUUGGUCAUUCUUUGAGAAAGUUUACUAUACGAGAUUGGUCAAUAGAACAAAGAUGGAUGUCUUUACUUCUACCUCUACUGUUAUUGUAUAAUGAUCCAAUAUUUCCACUGACAUUCCUAGUAAACAGUUGGGUUCCUGGAAUGUUUGAUGCCUUGUUCCAAGCCUCUUUCUUAUGUGGUCUCUUAUUAUUCUGGUUGUGUUUAUAUCAUGGUGUCAGACAGACUGACAGAAGAUUUGUGAAGUUCUACAUACCAAAGUUAUUUAUAGUAGGACUGAUUUGGAUAUCAGCAGUAACUUUAUCCUCCUGGCAGGAGUAUAAUGAAAUACAAGAUCCUACAUAUUAUUACAGACUAGAUACUACUAAUUUUAUGGGUUUUAAAAUAUUUUUCUUCAUUGUUGGAGGACUGUAUCUUCUGUAUCUAGGGUAUCUGUUAAUCAGAGCGUAUGCAGAGCUGAGAUCUAUGCCAUAUUUUGAUUUGAGGUUGAAGUUCAUGACGUUUUUAAUGUUAAUUGUGUUGACAAUCAGUAUUACAAUAACAGUGAUGAGAUAUGGUGCUGCGGCUUUACAAGAUAAUUUUGUAGCAGAAUUGUCCACAAACUACAAAAAUUCAGCAGAAUUUGUUGCCAUUUAUGGUCUGCUCAAUUUCUAUAUGUACACAAUGGCAUUUGUGUAUUCGCCUUCCAAAAAUGCUAUAUAUGAGAGCAAUUUUAAAGAUAAUCCUGGUAUGAGCAUGUUGAACGACUCUGAUGAAGAUGUGCAUUAUGGGUCAGAUCAAGAAGAAACGACACUGACAACAAGUCGACACGUCAGUCGUUACCAUGACAGUGAUGAAGAAAUAUUCCGACGGUGAUUAUCAUAGAUACUGAAGAAUUAUGGGACAGUAGAUCUGAUCUGUGGUCAAGGGUACUUGUAGAGGCCAUUUUGGAUGGGAUUGUGAUAAAAGAUGGCAUUUAUUAGUAGUGCAAUAUAGAUUACUUAUAUUAAUGUGAUUUUACAUUGAAUGUUGAACAAGUUUUCAGUCAACAUGACAAUGAUUUUAUUACAGUGAAGACCAGUUAUAUCUCAAAGUAAAACUGCCAAAAAGUCUUCAGACCGAAAUUGUUUGUUUGUUAUAAUUUGUUGUUAAAUGUUAUGUUUAAAGUUUGAUAGUAAUGGGGCUGUUCCUGAAUUAAUGUAUUAAGUGGUCAGAUGACACUUCUUUUACAGUUUGAGGGUUGGUAGUUAUGUUAUAAAGAUGGCUUGAACAAUCAUAGGAAAAAGU